UUCUGUGUAGAGAUUCUUCUUGGAAAACAACGGGACAGAUCCUAGCGCGAAGAAUAAUGCGUAUUUGAAAGUGAAAGAAGUAUUUUAUGGCGAGUACAAUGUGAACAAUAAAAUUUACAUAUGUACACAGAUAUGAACUAGAAAUGCCAUUAUUAAUGUGAAAGUAAAAGCAUUUUUACAUGGAAAAGUUAAGCUAAGAAAUCUUAUCAUUAAACAACAUUGAUAAAGGGCCAUCAAAACAGAAAAGAAAUGGCAAAACCUAAGGUGUUUAUUUACAAUGAUGACUACAACGCAAUGUGUACAGAGGUCUUUCGUCAUCAACACAUUGAAACCGGUGGAAAUUUAUUUGGAUUGUGGACAACGAUGGGAAACGCAGUUCUUCACGUAGUGCUUGGUCCUGGUAUACAAUGCAAGCGUACAGAAACGUCGUUUCAUCAAGAUAUUGACUAUCUGCAACGAGUUGGUCGUUUGGUUAACGACAAGUAUAUGUUAUGUCACAUAGGUGAAUGGCAUUCCCAUCAUUCUUUUGAGUUAUCAAAGCCCAGUCCUGGAGAUGAGUCAACGAUAAGACGAAACUUUCCCAAUGGUGUGUCAAAGUUUUUGCUGAUCAUUGCAAACAUCAGGGAUGGAGGUGACAGGAUAGUUUUGUCGCCGUAUUUUUUCACUAAUGGCGGACGAAAUUACGAAAAAAUCGAGUAUGUAGUCCUUGAAAGAGGCAGUCCAUAUUCGUCUGUUGCUGAAAUUCAGUGUGAAAAAGAAAAUGGAGCAGAGAAUGGCGAAAGCCGUGAACGUGAGAUGUGUUCAAGCCAUCCGACAUCUAAUGAUACUACAGAAUCGUCACUUUCUCUUGUUCAGAUUGAUAAAAAUAUUGGAAAUGGUGGUCAACGAGAUCCUGAUGUGGCAAUGGAAAAUUAUUCUUUACAAUCCCCUGAGAUUGCUGCUGUUUCUGUUCCUGCUGAAAGUUGUGUCACAAAUCGUUAUACAGCACAAACGCCAAGAGAAAUUGUAAUGAAGCAGUUACACGAUUAUCUUGUGAAGGAAUUUCAUGAUCCGAAAGUUGAGAUAACGAAGAGGGAAAAUAGUGUCGAUAUUGACAUGAUAUUUAAGCUUAAUCGGAAUUUUUACUUAGUUCGAUUUUGUGAAAAUUUUCCUUCAACACCUGCGUUACUUUACUGUGAAAAAGAACGCAGAAUGUUAUACCAAAACUCGCAGCCUUGUGUCAAACUUGAAACGCCUUUAAACACUUUCAGCAACAUUUUGCUUUCUAUUAAGAAAAAUUGUGACGUAAGUUGGCAGCAUUUCCAAAAAAUCGAUGAGACAGUGUUAACCAAGUCUGAUAGUCCUUAUCGCGUGGAUGAUUUCAUUAAAGCCUUGUGUCAAGAGAUUCAAAUCACUUUUAAUACCCAGGCAACCUCAAGUAAAUCGUUCAAAGAAGGGUGUUUUGAAAUUUAUUUUAAACACUCUAUGCUUCAUUGGUAUAUUGAAAUCCCCGAAGAAUUCCCAAGCAAACCUGCCGAAGUUUUCAAAGCAUAUAGAAAGGAUGGCCAUAAGAUAAGUAUUAGUAACUCAAGAAAACAUCUGGUGGAAGCGGAUCACAUCAUAAGCGCCAUUAAACACUACUGUAUUUUUUAAAAUUUAGAAUCAAUGUAGCUACAAUUAUAGUCUUUCGCAUAUCUGAUCUAUAUAAUCUUAACAAUGAACUUAAUAGUGACUUUAUUGCAAUGGCAUAAGAAUAGCACAAUAUACCGCAUUGAUAGUCAGAAAUAAAUAGAAAAGAACAGAAA